AUGGAAGAUCUAAUGAAGACCUUCAUUAUCAAUACAUAUGAGAGGCUUGAUGCCCAUGAUGCAUAUAUCAAAGAAUUGGGUACAUCUUUUCGAAGCGUGGAAAGACAGGUUGGGCACUUAGCUACUCUAAUGUCUGAGAGAGCCCCAGGAACACUCUCGGCUGAUACAGAAAGAAAUCCCAAAGAAACAGUAAAUGCUGUAACUUUGAGAAGUGGAAAAGUGUUAAAAGAUCUCACCCCAAUCCACAAAGAUGUGAGACAUGAAAAACAAAGCAAGGAGCAGCUGAAAAGUGGUGUCGAAAAGAAGAAGGAAGAAAACUCGAGAAGGGAGGAACCUAAGGAGAGCAAGCAUAUGCCGGUGUUGCCUUUUCCCCAAAAGUUAAGUAGAGAAAAGCUAGACAAGCAGUUCAAAAGAUUUCUAGAUGUGCUAAAAUAG